AUGGCCAGCGAUGAGAAAGAAACAAAUGGCAUCAGACUGUGGUCAUAUGUGGUCAUUAUUGUGUUACUCAGUGAUUCAAAUGCUCUAUUCAAGUUUACAAAUGUCAAGUGUACAUGCUACGAAAGGUCCUUUUGCGAACUCAAACUCUGUGAACUGAAGGUCCUGGGGCGCGGCAUUGUGGGUCUUAAUCUACAUGCCCAGGUUCACAAGCUGCCCAUUAAAUCUACGACGUGCGUGCUAACCAUGUUCCGAAGAUUCAGCGGCUACAGGCCUUUCCUCUUUAAUGCCACUUUAGAUGUUUGCCAUUUUCUCAAACACCGAAAACGCUAUCCAUUCGCCGACUUAGUUUACGAAGGAAUUAAAAACUUUAGCAAUUUAAAUCAUACGUUCCCUAUGCAGCAUGACAUAAUAGUAAGCCAAAUGAUUCUGAAUGAUGACAUGAUAUCCAAAGCUCCUGCGUUAAAUGGCUUCUAUAAACUCAGGUUCGUCGUGAAAACAGAUGGCGUUUGGAGGGGCGAAGUGGAAGUCUAUGCAGAGGUUAAUCUGGGAAUCGAUCGCUGGUGA